AUCGGCCGCCGCAUGUCGCUCUCCACUGGCCACCACGCCCGGGCCAGCACGACGAUAGACCUCGGCGCGGUGGUGGAGUUCAGCCGGUUUUCCUUCGACCAGUUUGAGAUUCGCGACACCGACACCGACAGCGUGAACCCCACUGCCACGCAGCUGUACGGCAAGCUGCCCACGCAUUUGUCCGUGUUUUGGCGCGCGGGGCACUCCGACUUGCUGCUGUUCGGCCGGAAGCUGUGCUCCAUUCUGAUGCUGUACAACGCGAUUUUUACCACCUUCUACCUCGGGUUUUUCUACCCGUUAGCGGGGGACAAGACCAAGAAAUGGUCGGACAACCUUUUAGAAGUCUUCGUGUUCGACAUGGUGGCCGAGUUUGCCUUCGUGAUCUUCGAGUUGCUCUUUCCCCUGCGGACCAGCAUCGUGGAGAUUCAGGAGGGCCGGGAAUACGUGGAGCCAGCGGACAUCCGCCGCAUUUUGUUCCGCAAAACGGCGUACUGGGCCAACUGGCUGACUCUACUAGGAAACCUCCUCUGGGUGGAUGCCAUGAGCCAGUCCGGAAAAAGGUGAGGCAGAGACAAAUGCUGUUGCCUGGUGGAGGUGCUAUUCGUAGUACGAGUUGGGCUGGGACCUCCAUUACACUGAACCUGAAGAAAAAUUAUGCUCGUUGGUCCUGACAUGUUGCCCUUCCCCUUGUUCCAGUUUUCGUUGCAGAGUCGGCCUGUAGAUACGACGACUACUUCGUCCCAAGAGUGACUUUUAAACCGCUCCUUUGAUUCAACAUCAAAUUUACGACAACCAGGACUGCCUGUAGUUGGUUUGGUUUGCUACGGCUUUUGCGGUACGAAACGGUGCGGCGGGACCGCGCGGCCGCCAGUCAGGGCGGGGUCGUCAUCAGCCCCUACCGCCAGGGCGUGUGGGCCGGCGCAGAGCUCGUCUUCAUGAUGUUUCUGCUUGUGCACCUGUUUGCCGUCGCCUGGUUUUACGUCCUCUAUGACACAGAUCAGGAAACCACCUACGAAGCGGAUGUCAAACACAUAUCCGUCUGGAAGUAUUGACUCGUCGUUCUUGUUUACCUGGCUGUGCUUGAGCCUGAUUUCAGUAUGUGUGAAUCGUGGUUAAAUCAGGAUCAUUAGGAGGUGCACCAGACAGUACUUACUUGAUUGCCUGGCGCAUUGGAAAUGCAACUCGUCUUGUGAAGAUGUUGUUAGUACUAGCCUCGUCCUCCACGCCAUUCUCAUCGCUCAUCCUCUACAUCGGGCGUGCGAAAAAGCAGAACAGGGUUUUAUCUUUUUUAUCAAUCGCUAUCAGUGUAUCAGCUUAGUUGCAGCUUCAGUUCCUCCAUAAUAAAAACUACAGGUUCUACAUUCUGGCCCUGCGCGAUGCAGUACUCCUGUUCUCGGCUUCCCCUCCAACUUCUAUGACAGAUCGAGACGACAGCAGCGUGGUUCUUUGCAUCACCAUGCUCCGGCCCAUCGGAGCUUUCGCCGAAGCCGUCAUUUUCGCACGCAUCGUGCUCAUCGAGCAGCGGAUGAUGAUUUUAAAAAGUACAGCGUACAUGAUCUUGCGUUGCUGUUUUCAGUCAUGGACCUCCUGGUGCACCAGGGUUCGUCUUGUAUUCUUAUUCAUCUUGAUGAGUAUGCAAAUUUAUGUGCAAAAAGGCGAUUUCGUUUUCGGGCUCACGUCCACGUCACGCAAUACACAGCCAUAGCUAACAUAUUUUAAAUUGACUUGAGGUAAAACUUUGGAGCAACAGGCAGCGAUCAACGCGGCCAUGACGCAGUAUGGAGCUCUCAACUGUUACAUUCUCAACUGUUACAUGAAAUUUGUAAUGCAAGAAUGGCAAAAGUGAAAGGGAAAAGCUUGCUCCUUUUGCGUUACAGGUUUGGAGCAGAUUACAAUGCUAUCUAGCGCGUCGAGAACUUGUCAUGCGGAGAAGGUUUGAAAUUAUGAAAAGUGAUAGCGUUUUUGCAUGACAAAUCAUGUAACAGUUGAGAAUGUAACGUUUGAGAGCCCCAUACGCAGAUUAAGCUUCCGCCCAAUCUCCACAAGCGGAUAUCAACUGUAAAAAUGUCUGGGUCUGGAAGAAUCUAACUUGUCAUGCUGAUUUUGGAUUCUAAAAAAAUCUGUAUUGCAUGAGCAGCAAAGAGAGUCCAAGUUUUGCAACACGGAAAGAGCAUUUGUCAUGCGGAAUAGGCAUUAGGAAGCCUUCAGAAAAUCUGUGACGCUAGGGCAUGCAUCAUAGACAUCAGGAGUCAUGCAAAAUGUGCAUGACAAACCUGGCAAUCUUCCAGACUCAGACAUUUUUACAUUUGAUAGCGGAUCAAUAUGUACCACCAGUUUCUAGAGGUCCAGCACGACAAACAGGCCUGCGAUCUGCUCUACAACACGAGUUCGAAGGCACUGGUGCUGGAAAUCAAGAUUUGCCUCUUCGCCUCGCUGAUUGAAAAAGCGCCCUUUUUUCGCGACUUGCACCCCGCCGGAGUCGCUGAAAUUCUCGACAACUUUGCCGAGGAGGUGUUUUCCCCGGGGGACUACAUCAUUCGGUUCGGGCAGGAGGGCUUCGAAAUGUACUUCAUUCUGCGCGGUCUCUGUGACGUCGUCGUCAUCCGGCGAAACUCCAUGCCGGGACCCAAUGGCAUUCCCACCGCACGAAAUAAGCUCGUCGUCGCACAGAAAAGAGAAGGUGCUUCUGGUCGUGGUCUUGUGCUAAAAAUAUUCCUUCCAAGAGUUGGUGUUAGAGUAGAAGUUACUCCUUGUCUCCACCGUACGAUGUUUAUCGCACGAACUUGCGUGGUGUAGUAUUCCCUGUUUAUAGAUACACGUACACCUAUUUUUCCCGCCACAGCUGCGCACGACGCACAAUAUAUGAAACAGAACCUACAAUAAACCUAACUUGAAAUGUGUGUAUGGACCGAUACAGAAGGAUUGUCCAACCCGCCACCAGUGAGCAGAAAAACAAGUCAUGAACGAACAAACCUAGGUGAUUACUUUGGCGAGACUGCGCUGGUCCAGAAGGGGCAGAAGCGGACGGCGUACGUCCGCGCACAGACCUACACGGUUGCCGAGAAGUUGACCGCGGACGCGUUGAACAACAUUGUCAAGAAAAAAUAUCCAGACGCGUACAAUCAGAUCGUGUACCGAAUUUCACAGUUUCACCAGAUUGCCCCCACACCCGAACCCGAGGUGUUGAAUACCAUGCACCAGCAGCAACUCGGACUCGGCUUGCCGCAGCGAGGACCCGGGGCGGGGCAACCGGGGGGAGUUGGCGGGGGACCCCUCGCAGGGGGUUCCGCUACAAUGCUCGACGGGGUCAUGGAGCAUGGGGGUGGAGACAACUUGGGCAGCACGGUCCUCGAUAACUCCGCUUCAUUUAUGGUUCAAUCGGAGCCACUGCGAAGAUCCACGCGUGACGCAGAGGACGCCAUGAUACGAGCAUCGCUGGCAACCGCACGGUACCACAAGAGUUCACUACUCCAGCAACGAAUGUAUCUGUGAUCUGUGAUAAAUUUUCAAAAAAAUUGAUAUUCACAAAAAGAAAAAUAAAUCACUACCAGUGGCGGUCCUCUCCAGAGCAUGGCUUUGCGGCAUUCGGUCGACCCGUUUGCUGCGCCAGCGCUCGCCUCUCAGGGCAUUCGCACGACGGUGAACACCACGGUCGGUGGAGGGCCAUUGGGAGGUGUGAGCUCGUCAGCAAGUAACGUGAAUUUUCCCGCCAUACCGGCGUCUGUUUCCCACCAAUCGGCAACGCUCGGCGGAGGAAUGGUUCCAAGUGGUCGAUCCUCAACAGGCACCAGUGUGGCGGGGUCUACCUUUGACGAUGGUGGAGCUGGGGUUGUCGGUGGCAUGAUAUCAUCUGCAGGAACCGUAGUGCACUCUGCAACACCUGCUCACCUGCUCGUGAACAGCAACAGCGCGCUGCAGCAAGGACAAGGAACGCUUUCGAGUUCUUCCUCGUCGAGCAGUGCACCAUUUGCGCAAGCAGCAGCGAGUGGUAGUGGCUCCGGGGCAUCUGCGUCUUCUGCGCAACCACUGCCGCCGGCCUCGUCGUAUCAAGUGUAAAAAUGUCUGGGUCUGGAAAAAUGCAGAGGUUUGUGAUGCAGCUUUGGCAUGAUCCAGAAGGUAUACCAUGCACGCCCUAGCAUGACAGGUUUUGAGAAGGUCUCCUAAUGCGUCAUCCGCAUGACAAAGCCCUUCUUUCGGUGACCGGAAAAUGUGCACCUUUUGGCGUACAUGCAUGACAGAUUUUUGUGUGAUGUGAAAUGCGCAUCACAAGUUGCAUUCUUCCGGACCCAGACAUUUUUACAUUUGAUACGUCGCUUGUCGGGGGCAGCGACGCGCACCAGCCCAGGUCCGGGUCCUUCGCCGGGCCGCUGCGGCCCUCAAGCUCCUUCGUAUAUCAAAUGUAAAAAUGUCUGGGUCUGGAAAUUUGUGAUGCUGUGUGGCAUAUCAUGAGGAGGCCACAAUUGCUGGCUCAGCAUGAUAAGUUUCUGAGCUUCUAGGUGUUGCCUAUUCUGCAUGACAAACUACGUUUCUGCAUGACAGAAAAGUGGGACUCUUUGGUAAUGUGCAUGACAGAUUUAAGAGUCAUGCCAGACAAGCAUGACAAACUUGCAUUUUUCCAGACCCAGACGUUUUUACAUUUGAUAUCGUAGGAAGUGCAGCUAGUGCUGCGGGACUCGUCGUCGCAUCAUCCUCGUCGAGUGCUGCAGGGACUGCCACUGCGUCAGGAGAUCGUGGCACGACACCAGCGGGAGGACCUUCUUCGCCGCCUCCGCACGAGCAGAUCGUGCUGCAGAACCUGCUUUCGGAGAGCCACAUUCGGGGGUCCAGCGACCUGUAUUCGACCAGCGACUUCUUGCGCCACCAGCAAAUGCAGUCUUCGCAAGAACAGCAGGAGCAGAUGCAGUUUUCCGGCAGCAGUCGCAGCUUUACUGGGGCCGUCGACGGAGUCACGCGCGUGUCGGAGAAGAUCGGUCUGCAGCUGAAAAAGGUGCUCUCCAGUGCCUCCGGUAGAAAUCGAAGCCCAAAUUCUACAACUGAGGAUGGCGCCGGAGGAAAUGGAGUAGUGCCAACAGCAGGCGGGGGGGCCGUGAUGUCCGGAGCGAUAGGGAGUUUAGGGCCUGGACCUGGUGGAUAAAGGAAAAUAAGAAUCCACCACGACCGGUUGAUCGAAUGCAGGAAGCGAAGUCAACGGCCAAGAAGCGAGUCGGGUAAAAGGAGCAACAGCUUGCUGCCCCUGGUGCAUGACGCACUCAUCCUGCAGACCAAACAAUUAUUUUAAGUAAUACGUCGUAGUCGUCUACUACUACUUCUACAUCGUCUUCAUACAACAAGCUCAUCACAGUCAUCUAGUGCAGUGGUAGCCGUUUUUUUGAAAAAGUAAGAACUUUUGGAGUUGUCCUGCUCCUGUAUACCAGUUCCAGUGUUAGCACAAUAAGAAGAUGCUAUCGUGAUCGAGAUGGCAUAAAAAAGUUUCCAGCUACAACAUAGUAAAGUAGCGUUGAUGUUGAAAGCAAGUUUAAACAUAUGAUGAUGUGAAGUCGUAUGCAAAUGCGACACCAGCAGAGGAGUCCUCUCCAACACUUUGCUUCUUACGUAUGGAUACACUGACAUUGAGUGUACCUGUACGGAUUCUAAGUAUUUCGGGAGGACAUUAAUAUUUGAGACAGAGUGGUAUUGGUAAGAUGGUACUAUUUACUGGCGCAAAGUCAGUUUAAUUUAGGUUUAGCGCAUUUUUUACCUGCGCGAACACUACCGCACGCCGCGAGAUGAUCUUCGCUAUCGUUAUUCAAUGUGAAUGUUUCAGUAGUUUCCAAUUAUGACAAAAGACACUCCGCUGGGACGUUUCAUCUUGUAAAAAGAUCGAAGCAACGCCACCGGCACCGGGUUGCGGAAUUGAAAUGCAAUUUAGGAACUGUUUGCCAAGACUCAAGAGUAGCAGUAGGCGAUUUUUCUUAAACAAGCCUUUUGCUGCAACUGGCAUUUCUUUUCUCCCCAGUUCGACGAAGACGUCGCCGGUGGACAGAAAAAGACUCACCAACUUGAUCGUGUUGAGCUGAUUACCAACUCUUCCUCGGAUGCUUGCGGCAAUAAAAUGCGGUAGUACAUCAACUUACGUCGACAGAGAAUCUACUUCUUGAAAUUUACGCUGUAGGGCAAGAAGAUGAGAAAGAUAAUCGUCUCGUAGAUUAUGCACUUCGACAAAACAUCAUAUGUACUGUCUGCAGUCGUGUUGACGAUCAUCUUUGAAGAUAAAGAAGAAGAUCACUUUCGGGCUCAAUGAUUCACAGUUCUUGCCGCGUAUGCGUUUCCCCUCCCCGCAUGAUGAAGUGUUGAAAUGCGAUAUCGCUUAUUUUCUGGAGCUUGUACAGGAACAUGAACAUGUGGUUGUAGUCUGCAAGAAGUUGCAGUGCCGGUGGAUCAUUGAUGAAGAGGGAUCUGCGGCAG